UUAUUUUUCAAUGAUUUCAUUUUUUUAAAUUUAUUCUAGAGCAAGUGUAAGAUUCUGUAAUUAAAAAGAAAACAGAUACGAUUAGUGCUGCUACUAGUAGGGUGGGUAUAGAACAACUCUGUAUCUGGAUGUUUUGACCUCAAAUGAAAGUCAGUUUGGUAUUUGGACAUUUCGUUCUUCAGAACUUCGACAAUUUGGCACCUCUUAUGGAAGUCUUGGGCCCAGAUGUUUAAUUGGCUUAGACAAUAAUAUUUUGAUUGGUCAGCCAUACAGUUAAACUUCAGUUAUUUGAUCCUCUGUAAUCCAACAUGAUUUUACGUCAACCAAACUUCCAGGAUUUUGGUUCGAGGUAUGGUAUGGAUGUCAAAAAUAUCAGUGUUUUUUAAAGAGCAGAAUGACAUUGAAAUCUGGCAUCUUUUCCUUUUGAACUGCUGCUGUUUUAAGCACAUCUAAAACAUGGAUAUAAGAAACAAGAUUAAACGUAUUCGACGUAUUAAAAUAAUAAGUAUGGGGAACACCGAAGUUGGAAAGAGUUGCUUAAUUAAACGAUAUUGUGAAAAAAGAUUUAUAGGAAAAUAUCAGCCCACUAUAGGGAUUGAUUAUGGCCUAACCAAAAUUACUCUAGAUGACAAAGAAGUGCGUGUGAAUAUUUUUGACAUGGGAGGACAUCCAAUAUUUUAUGAGGUAAGGAAUGAGUUCUAUCGGGAUGUACAUGGUGCCAUACUAACAUAUGAUGUCAGUGAUCGUUCCAGUUUUCAGGCUUUAAACACUUGGCUUGAAGAAAUGAUUCGUGAGUUGGGAGAGCAGUCUGCUAUUGAAAAUAUAGUAUGUGUUGUUUGUGGGAACAAGUGUGACAAACAGCGAGUGGUUGAUGAAGCUGAUGGCAGACUAUGGUCUGAACUUCAUGGGUUCCCAUACUUUGAAACAUCUGCUUUAACAGGAGAUGGAGUGGCUGAUAUGUUUGAGUCUCUCUUUAGGAACAUUCUUGAGAUGCUGGAAGGGAAUGGCCGUCGUGUGGCUCUUCGUUCAACUCUAGGAUAUACCCGAGAACAAUUAGAAGCUGUCCACAAGCUGAGAUGGGCAACUGAUGAAUAUGACAAAUUAGGACUACAGCCAGGAGCAACUAAGGAUGAAAUUAACAGAGCUUAUCGAAAACUUGCUGUUCUUCUACAUCCUGAUAAGAGUGUUGCUCCUGGGAGUGAGGAAGCAUUUAAGACCUUAGUUGCUACUCGAACAUCUUUAUUACGUUAUGCUCGAAGUUAGCCAAAUGUUUUGGCACUGUAUAUGGACAAUAUUAUAUUUCUGUGUUUUGAGCUCUUUUGUUUCUACUUAUGCUUGUUCAAAUGUGUAUUGAAGGUUUUGAUAAGUUUUCUAGUCACAAAUUUAGUCAACGUUAUAGAUAACUGAGUGGGUUGUGCAAAAUCAUUUUGUUCUUUGAAUCACAUUUUAUCCCUUUUUUUUCUGUAAAAAAUUCCAUGUUUUGUUGACUGCCUUUCCUCAACAGAUAUGUUUUCUGUUUACAAAAAUUUAAAUAACACAUCUACUGCCGAAAGGUUUUAUUUUCUGACCAAUCAAAAACAAAUCCAUUUGUAAAAUGUGGUUAAUAAUGAAACAUAUUAACAACUGUAAGGAGACAUGUAGAUACUUUAACCUUUGCCUUUAAUAAUACAAAUCUCUAGGUUUAUGAUCAUAGAAUAAAGCUUGUAAAGUUUAAGUUUUUUUUUAACUUGGAAGUUCUUCAACUUUCAAGUAUUUUAUAGUAAAGAAAUUGUGAUGGA